AGAAUAGUACUUGGUAUAAUAUAAAGAUCUAAAUUCCUAAUCCAUCGACAUAUUUCAAACAAAUGUGGCUUGCAUUAAUAAUUGUAUUAAAGUAGGCCUAUUCAACCGCGCUAUUUUAGAACUGACGGCAGCAGAAAUGUCUGAAACAGAAGAAGAUUCCAAAGAAGCCGGCGACAGCAGAAGAUGGAACCUUCAUCGUCUUUACCAAUACCGUCCUCACUACAGCCAACAACAUUAUACGUGGUUACAGCAGUGGCUGCACAACUGGCAACGACACUACGGCGCCGUGGCUCAGCACCAUAUUCCAAUAUGGCAUCCUGUGGGCACCAGGCCUAGGCCAGUGAGACCGAUACCAACUGAAGGACGAGCACGAGAGGAGCCCCUGGAUUUCGCCCACUUCAUCGCCAAAUGGCAGGGCGAGGUGGAGACUUGUGGACAGCAGCAAAUCCAGCCGCAUCUGAGGGGAUUACGGAUUGUGGGAGGAUUGUCUGCAACUCGCGGUAGUUGGCCGUGGAUGGUAUCUCUCAAGUACAAGCCAUUUAAACAACACUGGUGUGGAGGUCAACUCAUCUCAAACCAGUGGGUACUCACUGCUGCUCACUGCCUCUAUGCUGUCCCGCAUCCUAAGUUAGAUAUUGCCAGGGAGUGGACCAUAGAACUGGGCAGAUACAACAUAUCAGCACCAACGGAAGCAACAGAACAAUCGUUUGACAUAGCCAGUAUGUAUCUUCACUCGGAAUUUCAGCUAGAAAAGCUUUUGAAUCCAAAACCCAACGAAGUUCCAUCUGACAAUGACCUUGCCUUGAUCAAACUGGACCGACCCGUAGAACUGAACAAGUGGGUGACGCCCGUGUGUCUACCCACCAACGACAUGGAGCCGACAGCUAGGGAGCGAUGCGUCAUCUUGGGAUGGGGAGCCACCUACAAGGAGAGUCACAAAAUGCGACUGCCUGACCUGCUACAGGAGGCGGUUGUGCCGACCUACAGUAACAUCAGAUGCAGCAGGUUCCCCGGGUACAAACCACUCUUGACCAACAACAUGCUUUGUGCCGGCUACCAGAGAGGAAGCGUCGAUUCGUGUGCAGGGGACAGCGGCGGCCCUCUACAAUGCAAACAUGGUGAAAGAUGGUUUGCAAUAGGCAGCACGUCGUGGGGUGAUGCUGGUAGUAAUAACGGCUGUGCCAGGCCAAUGAGACCGGGGGUGUACACCAAGGUGGCUAACUACGUGGAGUGGAUCCACACCAUCCUGUACGAGGACUACAUCUCAGGCUUCGACGCAGAGUAACUUCAAACCCACACAGACACGUGUGCAAAUACACACACAGACAUAUAUAUAUAUAUAUAUAUAUAUACACACACACACCACAAAAAUACACAUAUGGGGCCGGAUUUUAGAAGCCUG